UGUGAUCUGUGCCAAUUUGCAUGCAAAGCACUGAUCACAAGCCCAUCACACAGGACUGGAUGUCACAUCCGUCAUCUUCAUGUAAACACAUUUGCGAGGACAUGGAUGACAUAAUUCCCACUCUGUCCUGCACACUGUGAUAAUGUAUGCAUGCUUCACGCGUAUGAAGGCUAUACGUGUUUGCAUGUGAGGAGGAGAAGCAGCAGGGCGCGUUCAGGACGCUCCAUGUCCAGCGAGCGCGCAGAAUCCGCUCCUGGUUUUGCUGCUCCGCUCCUCACACAGCGUAGACUCUAUUAUACCUUCAGUGACUCUCGGCGCUCCAGUAUUGCUGUGCAAGCAGAUGUUUCCAGUUUUAACGGUGCUCGCAUUCGGAGGAGGAGGAGGAGGAGGCAUCCUUUAGCGCGAAGGCUCGCAAAGUGGCACGAAACAACAGGAACUGCCACGACUCCCGGCUCAGUGUCAGACGGAGGAGAGUUGUCACAGCAGCAGCUGCGAGAAAGACAGUAGAGAGAACGAGGGGGGGAGAGAGCGAAGGAGGCAGCACUUUAUUUACCACACCUGUGAUGCGUUGUUCAGAGCAACGGAGACGCAAGAGACCGGGAUACUGAUGGCCACGGCUCAGCGGGAGGAUAUGUGCUGAGGAAAAGACUUGGGCGUUGUGUGUGUGUGUGUGAGAGAGAAAGAGAGAGAGAGAGAGAAAGAAAGAAAGAAAGAAAACAGGCGUUUACAGCCAGAGGACACUCUCCGGACCUGAGGAAAACUCAGCGCGACACUGUUUCUCCUCUGCCUCUUCCACCUUUUUUAAAACUUCAGUGAUAAUUAAAGAAGAGAAAAAGAAAAACCCGCUCGAAGAUGCCCUUACUCCCGGGCCCCUUUGUCCGCCGCAGGUUCAGCGCUGCGCUACUUGCGCUGUGGCUCAUGUUCGCUGGCUUCACCUGCUCUGGUUCUGAGCACACGGCCACAGCAACACUCCCCGCCGCCUUCUCAGAUCUAUUACCUCACUUCCUGGUGGAGCCAGAGGACGAGUACAUUGUGAAGAACAAGCCGGUGACGCUGACCUGCCGCUCCACUCCAGCCACACAGAUCUACUUCAAGUGCAUCGGCGAGUGGGUGCACCAGGACGACCAUUUGAUCGAGCGCACCAUUGACCCAGCCACAGCUCUGCCAGUCAUGCAGGUGACAAUAGACAUAACCAGACAGCAGGUGGAGAAGAUCUUCGGUCUUGAUGAGUACUGGUGUCAGUGUGUCGCCUGGAGCACCACAGGCACCCAGAAAAGCCAAAAAGCAUACAUCAGGAUCGCUUACCUAAGAAAGAACUUUGAGGUGGAGCCGCAGGGUAAAGAGGUGGCAUUGGACCAGGAGGUGUUACUGCGCUGCCUUCCCCCCGAGGGAGUGCCACAAGCCGAGGUGGAGUGGCAGAGGAACGAGGAUUUGAUUGACCCAGCAAGCGACCCCAAUUUUUUCAUCACGGCUGACCACAAUCUUGUCAUCAGAAAGGCCCGUCUGGCAGACACGGGCAACUACACGUGUGUGGCCAAAAACAUUGUUGCCCGCCGCAAGAGCAACUCCGCCACAGUCCUUGUCUAUGUCAACGGCGGCUGGUCCACUUGGACCACCUGGUCGUCCUGCAGUGCUGUGUGUGGGCGUGGCUGGCAGAAGAGGAGUCGGAGCUGCACCAACCCCACGCCACUGAAUGGAGGCACAUCCUGUGAGGGGCAGAACGUCCAGAAAAGUGCCUGUGUGGCCACCUGUCCAGUGGAUGGAGGCUGGAGUGAGUGGAGCAAGUGGUCGGCUUGCGGCGCUGACUGUUCGAUGUGGAGGAGCAGGGAGUGCACCCAGCCCUCACCUGGCACUGGGGGUAAAGACUGCCAGGGGCUUGACCUCCAGUCGCUCAACUGCACCAGCGAGCAGUGUCCACAGACUGUAAGUGGAGCCGAAGACGUGGCGCUCUACGUUGGCAUGGUGGCGGUGGCCCUGUGUCUGACGCUCCUGCUCAUCGUGGUGGUGAUGGUUUACCGGCGAAAGAAGGAGGGACUGGAUGCUGAUGUGGCCGACUCCUCGAUUCUCACCACUGGCUUCCAGCCCAUGGGCAUCAAGCCCAGCAAGCCAGAGAAUUCCCACUUGCUCACGAUCCAGCCUGAUCUAACCACCACCACCACCAGUUACCAGGGCACACUGCGCUCUCGCCAUGAUGCCACUGGGAAGUUUUCUAUGACCAACGGGCCUCUGCUGGACCCGCUCCCCAACGGCUCACACACUCUGCACAAUGGCAAGCUUAACGCAGACCCUGCUGAAUUUGUGAGCAGGCUGUCCUCUCAGAGUUACUUCAAAACUCUGCCCCGUGAUGUGGCCAACACCUCCUAUGGGACCUUCAACUUCCUGGGAGGGAGGCUGACAAUCCCCAGCACGGGAAUCAGUCUGCUCAUUCCUCCCGAGGCCAUCCCCAGAGGAAAGAUCUAUGAGAUUUAUCUCACUGUUCAGAGGAAGGAAGAUUUAAGGUUACCAUUGGCUGGCUGCCAGACCCUGCUUAGCCCCGUUGUGAGCUGUGGCCCCCCAGGAGUGCUCCUGAGCCGACCAGUUAUCCUCAGCAUGGACCACUGCUCAGAUGCUUGCCUCGAUAACUGGGCUGUGCGCCUGAAGAAGCAGAACUACGAGGGCGCAUGGGAGGAUGUCCUGCUUAUGGGGGAGGAGCUUGUGGCCGAGCCCUAUUACUGCCAGCUUGAGGCCGAGACGUGCCGACUGUUCUCCGAGCAGCUGGGCACCUUUGCCGUGGUGGGAGAAUCCCUGCACAUGGGUGCUGCCAAACGCCUGAGGCUGGUGCUCUUCUCCGACGCAUACUGCUCCACGCUGGAGUACAACAUCAGGGUGUACUGCAUGGAUGACACGCAGGACGUCUUCAAGCUGUUCCUCUUCAUCUGA